CGGCUCCGAUGUUCCAGGUCCCGAUCUGCUCUGAAAUCCCAGCAAGGCUCAUUUUACCAAGGAAAUGCAACCACAGUCUCUCCAGCACUUGCAGCACCUAGCGAGGGUAUGUGCUCAGCAGUGCCAGCAUCUCAAGGAGGAGAAGGCUGUGAGCAGCCCGCAUUUGGGAUGUGCAGCAAGGGACCCCCAUCUUGAGGGGCCAGAUCAGCACUCCACCCCAGAGCCAGUGCUUCAGGGACAAGGAGAAUGUACCAGUUAAAACUGUCCCAUCAGACCCAGUGGCAGCCGUAAAGCCCAGCCAUGUCCUCAGGGAGCUACCAGCCACUGGUGUAAUGGUGAAGAAACAGAAGAAAAGACGUGAAUGUGCUCACGUAUAAAGACUUUUUGACAAAGAUCUGGGCAACUUCUUUGUGCUUCUGGGCUCUUCAGAAUGAAGGACAGUCGGCCCAAUAUGUCAAGACCUCUGAUCACUAGAUCCCCUGCAUCUCCAUUGAACAAUCAAGGCAUCCCCACUCCAGCGCAGCUCACAAAAUCCAACGCACCAGUUCACAUUGAUGUGGGUGGGCACAUGUACACCAGCAGCUUGGCCACGCUUACAAAAUAUCCUGAUUCCAGAAUUGGCCGGCUUUUUGAUGGCACAGAGCCCAUUGUCCUCGACAGUCUCAAGCAGCAUUAUUUCAUUGACAGAGACGGGCAGAUGUUCAGAUAUAUCUUGAAUUUCUUAAGGACAUCGAAACUCCUCAUUCCUGAUGAUUUCAAGGACUACAGUUUGUUAUAUGAAGAAGCAAAGUAUUUCCAGCUUCAGCCCAUGCUGGGAGAGAUGGAAAGGUGGAAACAGGACCGGGAGAGUGGCCGCUUCACAAAGUCUUGUGAGUGCCUGGUGGUGCGGGUUGCCCCAGAUCUCGGAGAGAGGAUUACACUAAGUGGCGAUAAGUCAUUGAUAGAAGAAGUGUUUCCAGAAAUCGGUGAUGUGAUGUGUAAUUCUGUCAACGCCGGCUGGAAUCACGACUCAACGCACGUCAUCCGAUUUCCACUGAACGGAUACUGUCACCUCAACUCAGUUCAGGUACUUGAGAGGUUACAGCAAAGAGGGUUUGAGAUCGUUGGCUCAUGUGGAGGUGGGGUGGACUCUUCCCAAUUCAGUGAAUACGUACUGAGACGAGAACUCAGAAGGACAUCUCGUGCACCCUCUGUCAUUCGAAUAAAGCAAGAGCCUCUGGACUAAAAUGGACAUGUUUCUUUAUGCAGAAAAAAAAAAAAAAAAAGAAGAAAGCAAAGAGGAAAACAAAAGGGGACAUUUCAUGUGCAGUUUGGACUCCAAACAAGUCCUGGAACUAAAAUUAAAUAAAAGACGCAUUUAUAUCGAAUAUAGAGACCACACCUGAAUUCAUAUGGGAACACUUGGAAUAGUAGUGAUAAUAAUAACCUCAAGAUAUAAAAGAAAACACACACACAUAAAAAAUAUGUAUGUAUAUGUAUGUCUGUACAUAUAUAUAUGUAUGUAUAUGUCAAGGGGUAGGAAAUGCAAUGAAAAAAAAAGUGGUAGAUGAGGUUGGUGCUGUGAUGGCCAUUAAGUGUCCUAGGCCCCACCCGGGCCCACUUAACGGUGUACAAGCCAUUGCCAUGGGGGGGUUCAUAGACUACUCUUCACCCAUUUUCCAUUGCCAAACAGCCAUCCACUUUUUAAUGUGUACACACCUUGAUUCAACUUUAUUUGCAUAUGGAGGUUUAUGUCUGUCUUUUUUAGAAGUGGUUGGGCAGGUGUUCAGGAGAUGACCAUCCAUGGCAUUGGAAAGCUUGUCAACUGAAUUUUAAAUGUAGUUUGUACAGAAGUCGCACACUUUUUGUCUGCCCUCACAGAUGUGAAAGGUUAACUUUUCUUUUGAAUUAGUUUUUUUGUUGUUUUUGUUUUGUGUUUUUCAAAGGGGGCCAGAAUAAUUAAUAUUUGGUAGAGAUGCUCUGGUUUGAAUCUGCUGCUUUCCUACAAUUUUUUCAAAUUUUAUAAUGUAUUAAAUACAAUAAACUCCUGUUUAAAA